CUCUGUAGCCUUUUCUCUCUUUCCGCAGCCCCCGUAGCUUUUUCUCUCCUUACCACCUGCUGUAGCGCAGCACCCAGCCCUUUGGUCCGGUGUGGAGUUUUUAGUCAUUUCUACUGUAGGCAAGAAGAGGAUGGGCACCUGCAUCUCCAAGGGUGGGAAGGACAAGGUGCAGCCGCUGGCCAUCAAGCCCGAGGCGGCCACCCCCAUCCCCCUCACCGCCGCGCCCUCCAAGUCCUCCCUCAAGAAGGCCUCCAAGAGCAACCUCACCACCACCUCACCCCCUGGCCGCUCAAAGAGCCACGGCGCGGCCUCUGCGCGCAAGGCCCACGCCGCUGCGAUGCUCGAGAGGCACCGCGUGAGCUUCCACCACGACUCGCUGGACGAGCCGAAUGUGGAGUCCUACUUCAUGCCCGGCCAGAGCUCAUCCUAUGAGCAGGAGCAUCCCCUCAGCCCCACCACAGCCACAUCGGAGAGGGACAACAGGCGGUGUUCCACUGACAGCGAGGGGCUCGUCAAGGCGCGGGCGUCCAUCGCCUUGUCCAUCUCGAGGAAGGACGACCCAGACAGAGGCUCCCCCGAGCAGCCCAAGAGGAGAGACACCCUCACCAACCUCGCGGCGCGACCAGAACACCACUUCAGCCCGCGGCAAUCCAUCCAGAUCGGCUCCCUCGAGUCACUAAGACGGCGAAGCUUUGCACUGCUCAAGUCUCUGAGCGGUGCUGGACUGGACCGUCCGUCCGUCGGCGAGAGGACGUUCUCUGCCUUCAAGUAUAAGGCGAAGGGUGAGUUGCCGAGGGUGGUGUUUCAGCCGACAACGCACUUGCUGGAUGUGGUGAUUGAGGCGGCGCCGUUUCGGGAAGGCGACGAUUUUGACUUUUACAGGAUGAUGUUUGACGACAGAGUGAGCAAGGAGAGACAUCGUGGGCAGAUCGACAAGAGACACGGCACGUGUGUGUGUGUGUGUGUGUGUGUGUAGGAGUGGGUGGGGCUGCUGGCGAAGCACGGCAAUCCGGCAAAGAAGAAAGAACUCGUCUUCGAGAAAGUGAGUCCGCCAGCAGCACCCAGAGAGAGACAGACAGACAGACACACACACAGAGAGAGAGAGAGACAAACUGUGCCUCUCUCUCUGUCCCUCCACCCACAGGUGCGGCACCGUCUGCAGUGCGACGAGGUGAUGCCCGACCUGUUCAAGUGCCUGCCCAUCUGUGACCUCCGCAACAACACCGUAUACGCCGUCGCAGAAGUCCCCGCACACCUCUCACUUGACAUACUCCUCGGAGGUGGGUAUGUCAAUCAGUCAUUCAAUCAUUCAACCCAUCUAUCCAUCCAUCGGUGUCCCUUUUCUGUUUUUGUGUGUGGCCCCUGCACGCCACGCGCCCCACCCUUGUUUAUGUGUGUGUUGAUUGAUUCAUUGAUUGACAGACACAGAUCCGACAGCUUCUCACCGGAUUCCGUGGCUGGACAUGCCCGAGAUGCAGCCCAAGGCCCCCAAGGCCAGGGUGCGGCACAAGAUCACCGAGAACACCGCCGACCAAUCCACAUAUGACAAGUGAGCGAGCGACAGAGGGAACAGAGGAACGGCACACAGAGAGAGAGGGAGGGGGGAGACAUCGAUUGACGUUUGUGUAUGUGUGUGUGGUUGCUUGUGCAGGCUGCGUGAGGCGUUGGCUGUGCGGGCAACGACUGCCGCCAAGCAGGCGGCGGGAAUCGGCGGGGAUGGGCACCACCAAGGUAUGCGACCGCCGCUGUCGCCAUGAGUAUACCUUGGUGGCAGGAAUUCCUUUAUAUACUUCGCUUCUUUCUGCCUCCUAUGUGAGCGUCAUGUGCGCACAUAACGCUCUUGGAUCGACUGUGGUGUGUGCGUGUGAGUGAAUGUAUCUAUCUAUCGUGCUGAUACGUUGGGGCUCUCUGUCUGUGCUGCGUCUGUAUCCGUGUGUAUGUGUGUGUGUGGUGGUGGUGCUGUGGUGUCAU